ACAUUGGAUUGCUUUUGCAGCCAUCUUGAACUUCGAGUUGUUCUUUACUAUAUAAAAUACUUCUGUGGGAAAUGGGCGAUUACGAAGAACCCAUAUCAGAUAAAGAGAAGGCGAAGAUAGCUUCUAAUUUUAUCAAACACGCCCCACCUGGAGAAUUCAACGAAGUGUUCAACGACGUUCGCAUUUUGUUGAAUAAUGACCAGCUGCUGAAGGAGGAAGCUGCAGGUGCGUUCUCUGAUUACAACAAAGAACAGUUCACUCCAGUAAAACUUGAAGGUGCAGAUGAACAAGUGUUAGUGACCAGGCAUGGUGAACUUGCUGAUGGGAGGUUUUUUGAUCCCAGAAGUAAAAAGAGCUUUCAAUAUGACCACCUACGGAAGGAAGCAAGUGACCCUGGUGAACAUGAAUCUAAUUCAACAGCUGAAGCUUGGAGGGAGGCUAUUCAAGACUGUGUAACAGGAUAUGUUAGAGACCACUACCCCCAUGGAGUUUGCACAGUUUAUGGAAGUAGCUCUGGUGGGACAGUCACAGUGAUUGCUUGUAUAGAGGAUCAUCAGUUUCAACCUCAAAAUUUUUGGAAUGGCAGAUGGCGCUCAGAGUGGUCUGUGUCAUUUCAGCCCUCGGGAGGAAAUGUAGAGGUCACAGGAGUCCUCAAAGUACAGGUUCACUAUUAUGAAGAUGGAAAUGUUCAGCUUGUCACAUCCAAAGAGGUGAAAGAAAACCUGAAAAUUACCAGUGAAGCUGGCACAGCCAAGCAUUUUUUGCAGAUCAUAGACAAUGCAGAAAGUGACUACCAGAAAGCACUUUCAGAAAAUUACAGCACUAUGUCAGAUACAACAUUCAAGGCAUUACGAAGGCAACUACCCAUUACACGUACUAAAGUUGACUGGAACAAGAUUCUCAACUACAAGAUUGGACAAGAACUUAAAAGCUCCUAAUUUGUAGGGUUAUUUAAGAUGAAAAGGCCCUUUAGAAGUUUUUUUUAUAUAUAUAUACCCAUAUAGGUUAGGGCUUUUUAUGACAGUACAAUUCUAUGCAGUGAUUGCUUUCGUGGAAUCUGAAGUGUAGAUUAGCUUUGUGACUGAUAAAUAUUGAAUUAGUGAUUGACUUGUAUUGAUUUGUUUGAGUUUGUGCGCUAAACAUGUGAGACAAACCCUUAUUUUUUUCUCCCUAGACUGGGGUAUCAGGUGAUUCUUAUAAGAUAAUUUAAAAGGAAGAAGAAAAUAUGAGCUGUUGAGUAUGUACAAACAGUUAACACAGGUAAUAAAAGUUGUUAAAAAAGGGAUUUUCAUUCAUAUUUUCAUGUGUCCCUAAAGGGAUGGAUUAUUGAUAAAAGAGUGAGUCAGCUUAUACUAUUUAAUGUUGUGGAUCUUCCAAAGGUUUAAUACGGAAUAAUAACAGACAACGACGAAGGAGUUCUAAGAAUGAGAGUGUUGUGUCGUUGUAUUUGUUCUUGAAUAUCUUAAACUCUCUACUGAUCACCAUCAUGAAUUUUUGGUUUUGCAAGCAGCUUUAAGGAUGAGGAAAUUAGUUUCUGUGUAUGCCACAGAAUAAGUGGAUGAUUACGUCCUGCAUGGUAUGGAUUUCCUCAUUACGAGUUACCUGUCAAAUUAAUUUCAUUUCACGUUAGUUUUAUAUCUGUAGAAUUAUCUUUCUAAAUUUAAAGCCAAUUAAAUAAGUUUUUGUGAAA